CCUCCCUGCGAAUUGCAACUGAAUCGUUUACACGGCGCAGGACAGGAGCUGUUGCCCCAGAUCUCACGCCGCAUUUCGUAGUCUACAACAACAAGCCACGAGGAGCAAACUAUAGAAAGUUGUUGCUUUACGCCUUCCUCAUGUGUUGCUCAAGAGGCGACAUUUAAGGGCGUCCACAGUUGUCUCGUCGAGGCCCUGUCUUGCUGGAAUCUCCGCCAGAGCAAACCGCUUGGGGUUUCUGGUUGUGUUUCGGCUCCGUUGCCUCAGCUUGCCAAAAGCCUGAAAGGCGACCUGUUGAAAAAGCUGAGAGCCGCUGCUUCCAGUCUUUCCACCUUAACGAAGUCCCGGGAUUCGGCAGAAACUUGAGGACGUCAGUUUUGUUCUUCUAUGGGGAGUGGGAGUUUCUCAGAGUGAACCACCGAUCUCCAGGAAAUGAGGAUAACGAAUGAAGGAUCUGUGCCACAAUCUACUGUAAAAUGCCAGAAUGAGUGUUCCUUAGUUUGGCUGGUAAUAAGGGCUGUUCACAUCCAACUAUUACCUGAUCACCCAUCAGUGAUUGGAGGACUGGAAAGUAGCAAAUGGUAACACCGACUUUCAAAAAGGGAUCCAGGGGCGAUCUGGGAAAUUAUGUGCCGGUUAGCUUAACGUCUGUUCCAGGCAAAUUGAUGGAAAGCAUCCUCAAAGAUAAAAUUGUAAAGCACAUAGAAGAACAGGCCCUGCUGGGAGAGAACCAGCAUCGCUUCUGCAAAGCUUUAAAUAGCUUGGGACCAAAGUACCUAAAGGAUAGCCUCUCUCCAUAUCAGAUGGCCCGUCCCCUAAGAUAAUAAGAGCAAGUAAUGUUCCUCGUUGUAGAGAAUUGAGGCAUGCACGGAGGCCAUAUGCGUGCCACUGCAACGUGAGGGCUGCUGGGUGGCGGGGAGUGCUGCUGUUGCAUGCAGGCUACUGGGGGGCACGCCACCACAGCAGGAAGCUGCAUGGAGUGGCAGAGGAGCAGGAAAGAUUUUGCCAUGCCAGUAGGAAUCUUCCGGGUGUGCCUUGUGGUUAUCACAGCUAUUAUCAACCAUCCACUCCUCUUCCCAAAGGAGAAUGUCACUGUCCUUGAAAACACAGAGGAGGUCAUCCAGAAAAUGAAGGAACGUGAGGAAAACCUGAGGUUAGAGCAACUUAAACUGGAACAGGAAAUUGCUGUGCAGGAAGCUUUAACAAAGCUGCCCGAAAAAGCUACAGAAUCAGAGGAGCAAUAUAGCUACGAUCCCCUAUCUUGGAAUUUCUGGACCGUUUUGUCCUUGUUGGUUUUCCUUCUGAUUGAGCUCUGGAGACAAGACUACCAGGACGGGAACUGGCAAGAUUAUGCCAAUGAGGAGAAUGAAAUUGCUGUUCUAGGAAAAGCAUUCAAAGAGUUUGUUUUGCCAGAUAAGGCCACAUUGGCCAAUUUCUAUGAAAGAUGCCUUCUGACUGUGACCAGUGACAUUGCCAGGAACCGAGAGCUUGUGGAAGGCUUUGCAGAUGACUUACUAGAGGCUUUGAGGAGUGUGUGUAACCGAGAUGCAGACAUGGAAGUAGAGGAAUCCAUAGGCGUUGGGAGCAUGUAUGAAAACUGGAGAGCUCACAAGCCCAUGGCCUGUGACUUCAUUGUCCCUUUUACUCCUCCAGAGCCGUAUUGUUUCCAGUUAGAGACUUGGCAUUCAGGAGUAUCUGUCCCACCAGAUAAACAAGGUUAUGGUAUGAUAAAGAUCUGUCGGGCAGAUGAGAACUCGACGGGUUGUAUCUGUGACAAGACUAAGCUUGGUGAGGACCUGUUGUGUCUUCUUCAUAGCAAAAUGAGCCAGCCUAAACCCAACAACCAUGUGGAGGACCUACUUUGCUACAAAGAUACUCGCUAUCUCGAUGCUGACCAAGUUAUGACGUGGUUCCAGGUUGCACUUACCAAGGCAUGGAACAAGAUUUCACACAAAUAUGAAUUCAACCUCACUUUCAACCUUCUGGACUCCCCUGGUGCCCUAAAAAUAAAAUUUCGGUCUGGAAAGACCAUUACCUUCAACCUCACUCCUGUGGUACAGUAUGCUGAUUCUGAUGUAUACUUCAUCUCCCAUUUCCCAUGCAGUAGCCCAGCAGAUGGCCCCACUUCCAGCAUCCAUUGGUUUCUCACAUUUGCAGUGUAUGAGAAGAGGUACAUCCAGUUUGUUGCCAAAACUCUGCCUAAUAACUCCUGCCACCUUAGCUGCCUCCAAAUUCUGUCCUUCCUUCAUGGAAAGCAGUGCAGUCUAACAGGACCAAGCAGCCUCACAAAUUAUCACUUGAAAACUGUGAUGCUGCAUUUGCUGCAGACCCAUCCUGGUCCAGACUGGGCCCCUGGAUACCUAGGGGCCAGAUUACAAGACAUGCUCACAUUUUUGGAGAAAAGCUUGCAAGAGAAGAGGCUUUACCACUUUUUCGUUGGAAACAGGAACCUGCCAGAGGAAUUAGGAAUUCCUGUGGGGUUCCAAAAGGCAGAACCCAUGAACCUUUUCCGUCCUUUUGUAUUGCAACGAAGUGCCUACAGAAAGACGAUGGACAUGUUUCAUGAGAUGCUAAAGAACACAUCGGCUUUAAUAAAUGAAUAUACCAUGCAUGUCCCCAAUGGACGGGCAACCCCACUAAACAAAGAUUCUCGAUAACAACGUAUCUGAAAACUACAUUAUGAGCAAAUCUCCCCAUGAGGGGGUGGGGGACUGAUACAUGCUCUUGAGACUGCCAGUGGCCCCAAAGAUUGGGAAGAGAAUGAGAAAAGUGUCUCCAGUCUACCAAAGUUUUUAGCUGACAUGCAGCUUUUAAAGUUUUUAACUUGUGUAAAUAGCUUUAUGUGAAUAGUAUAAGCAAGAAAAGAGGCAUCUAAUUUAUUCCUAUGUGUACAUUACAGUCCUUGGGGUUUGCUAGAAUCUAUGUGAUUUGUUUUGAAAGGGAAUCCUAACAACUCUGACCCCCCCCCCCCAAAUCUCCUUUUAAAGGGGGCAACAGCUUUUGUGGGAGAAAUGUAGCCUGACGUUUGGUGAUAAGAUUGAAAGCCAUUGUAUCACAGUGAGUGAGAAAUCUUUAAAUUAAUCCUGAACUAUCAACCGACCAGAAACAUAUGUUCAGUAGAACUUCUUGCAGUUGUAUAAACAGCCUCUAUGCACACACUUUCAUACUUAAAACCCUUGAAAAGUAUCUGAAAUGUCUAUCUUUUUAAAAUGAAUAUAUUGGAAUAAUUACAAAAGCCAUCCAUGAUGCAAAGCAUCACACCAGAACUAGCUCUUAAAUGUGCCUUUCCUGCAUUUCAGAAAAUUCUUCUCUUUCUAAGAAUGUUACACUACCAUAAUGCCUUUUCAGGUUUCUGUUUGAUCGUAUUAAUCUCUAAUGCUUCUCUUAAGAAAGUGGGCAGGGGCAAAACCUAAUUCUUGGCACCAGUCCUUGCUGGCAGAAUACUUCGAGUUAAAGAAUUUGAGAACCAUUCAUUACCCUGGUGCCAAGCAGCUGAAUCUGAUGUGCUGUACACACUAUGGCUCUUUGUAUAUGUAAGUGCAGAGUACAGCAGAAAACUGCUACUCUCAGCAGAAGAGAAGCCAAACUCUGUGUGGAUGUAACCUGACAAAGAACUUAAGUUAAAGCCUUAUAUAUAAAAUAAAUUCAGGGAGUUUCCAAGCACCAGAUUCUAAAAUACCUGAUAUCUUAGACUGUUGCGGGGAGGGGGGAUAUGUAUAUUUGGUGUAAUAUGAGGGAAAGAGAAAGAAAAUAAAGCAGUUAUGUUUUCUUAAA